CGUGAUCAUAUUUGAAACAUUUUUGGUCAAAAAAAUGUAAAACGCGGCCCGCCAUCUAGUUUUUAACGAAGUUUUCCUGCACCAGAUAUUGUGUUAGUGGGUUUUAUCCCGUAAAAGUGUAAGAGCAUGUUCAAUAAUACUAGCAUCAGUUCGUGUAGAAGUGGUGAAUCCAAUUAUGUGAAACGGGAUGGCAAAAAAAUAAAGUUUAAGGAGCAACGAAUUAACUCGUUGAAACGACGGGGAGGUAUGUGGGGCGGGGGUGCGCAGUGUGUACACGCCUCGCUGCCACGCGGUGCGCGCGCGCAGCCAGCACCUACGCUCAGUGGCGCCAUCGCAAGCCGCCGCCCGCCCAGACCAUCACCCCCCUCACCGACCCUCGUCGCCCAAGUGGACUCCUCCGUGGCUUGCCUCUGGCUGCUCACCCCCCUCUCCGCCGGCACCGCAGUGGUGGCUGUACUGGUUGCAGUGUCGACAAACAACUGGCUCCAUACAGAAGAAAACAUGUUGAAUCCCGCCUUCAAUGGAACCGGACGGCAUAGCCUUGUCGCGAAACAUACGGUGUCGGGGCUGUGGAGGUUAUGUCAUACUGAUCCCGGAGGUCUGGUAUACAGAUGUCUAGAUAUACCAUAUUUCCCACUCUCUCAGUAUUCAGCCGAUUCUACUGAUUCUACAACUGCAAUACCAUAUGUCGUGACAAGAUCAGCUGCGCCGCUCUUGCUGGCUGUAAUUACGCAGGCGGUGGCAUCACUAUGCUGCGUCCUAGGUCACUGUGUGAAGGGACGCAGACUCUGCACCUUUAUAGCGGGGGUGCUUUUUAUUAUUUCUGGGCUCAUCAUGUUGACGGGGAUCGUCAUGUACAUAUCGGUAUUCAAAUCACAAGUUGGCCAUAAGCUGCGUUACAUGACCAUAUUCAACGUUCCUAGAAUGUCAUACAGCUAUGGAUAUUCCUUUGGAUUAUAUUUAAGUGGAUUUGUGGCUGUUGAACUCGCAGGAACCUCGGCAAUAUUUUUAUUUUUACAAUGGUAUCAAAAAGACUGGAUAACAGAGUUAACCGAAAAGGCGAAAGCUGAUUGUCGUGCGUGGGAUAGAGAAUAUGCCUUUUCAGAUUUUAGAGAACGUGAUUCUACUUUGUUGGAAAGAAGGAUUAUGAAAAGAGACACGUACCCACCCACGGGGUCAUCGGCCGCCACUCCUAGAGAAAGACGGCGGUUUGUAUUCGAUGGGGAUGAUGUUCCACAUUGUUCGAUACACAAACAUAGAAGAAUUAAUUUAAGCUCAGGCUCAUUAAAAGACUUGUCGUCUUCAACGUUAUAUGGUUUUCCAGCAGCGCCAAGGCCGACGGCUUGUGAUAAUUACUUUGAAGAGUUCAAGGAUGUGCCACAAAGUGCUAACACGCUUAGUGGAUUAAGGAGUGCAUCCAUAUUUCAAUCACAAGCAUCUGUAGCUAGUGGAAGGUUUCUAGAUACUUCAACAGUGGAACCGCCCCCUCCAUCUCGUGAGGAGGAGUUGGUGACGUUUGGUGCUGGUGCGAGGGGUGGGGGACACGAAGACCAACAGCCAUCACGCCAUGACCGUGCAGUUGGGACCGACCCCUUUAGAAGAACAACGCCCGUUUGAUAUAAGACACCGGGCUUACCUCCAGUCUAAAAGCAUAUCGAUAAGUGAUAAAAAAGUGACAAUGCAUUCGUACUAUUUACAUGUAGACUAAAAACUGU